ACCCUGCUUAUAGCUAAGCUUCUCCAUAGCUACAACAACAACAACAACAAUCACUUUGCCAAUGGAAGGAAACAAAAAAUUGUCCCACGACAUGCCUAUGAUAAGGAGUUCAACAAAACUCACUUCCCAUUGUUCCCAAAGUAGUGAUCCUUCGUCAUCAUUGUUUUUCCUUGAAUCAAAAGAGAAGCUCAAGAAUAAGACUCAAGAAUGCAAGUCUCUGAACACUAAAGAGAAUGAUGAUAAGGGCAAGGAUAAAGAAGAAGGGCAUGAGGCACGUGUAGAGGAAACGGGGCGUGAGAGGCUGAAGAGGCUUCGGGAAGAGGUGAUGAUGGAGAAGGUUAAGAUACCAGAAAAGUGGGGUCAAGAACAAAUGUUGAAGGAUUGGAUGGACAUUACUAUGUUUGAUGCAUUCUUUGCUCCUCCUCAUAGCAUGAUUGUCACGGCUCGUGAUGCUCUUAUUGCUAAUGCACGUAAAGCAAAGUCACCUAGAUUAAGGAUCUAGAGUAGUUGCUAAUAUAUAUUAAUUUCUUAAUUUUGACUACCUACCUCUAGACAAUAUAGUAGUGUAUGUUGUUCUUCAAAUAUUUACAGGCACUGGCUAUGGGAGGAAUGAUCGAUAUAUGUUCUCAAUAUUCCCAGGCCUGGAUCUGAUUCUGAUCUUCUUUCUUCCUCUGGUUAGUAAAACAAUAUAUGUGAACACUUGCUAAUUAUAACUUAUAAUAUGAUUUUUUUAUGCACUGAUUAUUAUA